AUGAACCCAAACCCAACAGCACAAUCCGGCUCGCGCCACCAGCUCGACGACGCCUCGCUGAGUACAUAUCUCGUUAACUCAAAUACUAUUCCGGGGUUCAAGGCCCCUGUGGUCUCGACGAAAAUCGGUUAUGGGCAGAGUAAUCCGACGUACUUUCUAGAUGAUGCUGCAGGUACACGCUUCAUCCUACGCAAGAAGCCGUCGGGCACAAUCAUCAGCCCUGUGGCUCACCAAGUCGAUCGCGAAUUUCGGGUUCUGAAAGCUUUGGGAUCCGUUAAGGGAUUCCCUGUGCCGAAAGUCUAUACGCUCUGCAUGGACCCGAGUGUGAUCGGAACGGCUUUUUAUGUUAUGGAAUUUGUCAAGGGCAGGAUCAUAACAGAUCCUGACCUAGGAGAACUUUCACCGUCAGAUCGGAGGCAAGCAUGGAUCUCUCUCGUCGAAACCCUGGCCUGGCUUCACAGCAUCGACCCGGACUCUAUCGGCCUGUCCAACUUCGGCAAAAAGCAAGGUUUCUACCAACGUCACUGCAACACGUUCCAGCGCAUAGAGGCUCAACAAUCCAAAGUCAAAGACAUCAACACGGGAAAGCAACUGGGUCGUGCGCAUGAGCAUUACGAUGAGAUGGUGGACUUUGUCAGGGACAACAUGACAAGUGAUAGGUAUUCAAUCGUGCAUGGGGAUUACAAGUUUGACAAUGUGGUUCUCCAUCCCACAGAACCGCGCGUCAUCGCCAUCCUCGACUGGGAACUCUCCACGAUCGGCCACCCUCUGAUGGACGCCGUCUACGUGAUCGGGCCGUUCUGGAACGAAAUCACAAAAGCCGGCCACCCUGUCUCCAACACCACCAACAAGGCAUCAUCAUCGACGGCCAACGCAUUCCAAUCUUCCCCCUACGCACCGGCGAACCGCGCCAAAUCCGGUAUGCCCGCACCGGAGGAGCUACUCGACCGCUACACGCGGAUCACGGGCUUCGACCCGCGCAAAGAAGGCUCUCCGCCGGGCAAGGACUUUGAGAUCGCAAAGAUCUUCCACUACGUGCGCGGUGGGACCAUCUCGCACGGCAUCCAGGCGCGCACCAUCAGCGGACAGGCCAGCAGCGACUUCUCUCACGUGUACUUCGAGAACACCCGCAAGAGUCUCGACGCCGCGUACGGUAUGAUGCAGAGGCUGAAGGAGAACGAGCGGCUGGGCCAGGGCGUUAAGGCGAAGUUAUAG